AUUGAUGGUUUCUGGGCGUUUCCAAAGUGCUGCUGCAAGGAUUACUCAUUUGUGAUUUAGCAGCCUGGCCGCGGUUAUUACUGGGUGCUGUGCUUUCUGAUUAACCCAAGAAAACUACGAAAGAUUUAGAAUCUCAGUGUUUUAUUACACCAGGACAAGAGACAACUGCAAUGAAACGCAGCUGCAUUUUCAAGAAGGCGGCGGCUGAAUUCGUGUUUUGGAUGUUUAGUGUGUGAAUGAUCCUCACUUAAAAAGGCACAGCUUGCUUGCUGUGUGUGCCUGUGGAGCAGAUUACUAGAGGGGCAAUACUAGGGGUACGGUAGUUAACAAAACAUCUCAUAAAUGAUAGCGAUUGUGGACCUGAUCUGCAAAAGUCUUACUGGUGGUGACUACAAAGGGAAAAUGGUGGCCAAAGUGAAAACCCUGGGCAUUGUGUUUGACGAUGAACAGAGAAGCGGGUACUGCAGCGGAGAGCUGGUUUCGGGGCAGGUUUUAGUGGAGCUCUCAGAGGACAUGCGCGUCACAGCUCUGAGGCUGGUGGCAAGGGGUUGUGCCCGGGUCAACUGGAGCGAAGGACCAGGCACAGCCACAGCGCCAAGCAGCGCUGCCAUGGCAACAUCAUCACCAUCGUCGUCAUCAUCAUCAUCACGCAGUUUCCGGGAGGAAGUGGAGUAUGUGCAUUCCGCCCAGACCCUUAAAGAAGCACCAGGUGAUAACAGCGAAGAGAACUUUAUCACUUUACAUGCAGGCAAACAUGAAUUCCCUUUCAGCUUUCAGCUCCCACAGGGGCCUUUGGUUACCUCUUUCUCUGGGAAAUACGGCUGCAUUCAGUACUGGGUAAACGCAACCCUGGAGAGGCCUUCUGCCCCAGACCAAAGUGUGAGCAGGGAGUUUCCUGUCAUCAGCCAUAUGGACGUCAACACCCCCACUCUUCUGUCUCCUGUCUCCACGAACAAGGAGAAGAUGGUUGGCUGUUGGUUUUUCACCUCGGGUCCAAUUGCGCUGAGUGCCAGAAUUGAACGGAAGGGCUACUGCAAUGGGGAAGCUAUCCCAAUCUACGCAGAGAUUGAGAACUGCUCCUCACGACUCAUCGUGCCUAAAGCUGCAAUAUACCAGACUGUAACCUGCCUGGCCAAUGGGAGAACCAAGACCUGCAGGCAGAGGGUAGCAAAUGUGAGGGGCAAUCACAUUGGCUCUGGUAGCAUGGACACCUGGAACGGGAAGAAACUUAAAAUCCCUCCAGUCACUGCCUCCAUCCUCAACUGCUCCAUCAUCACAGUGGAAUACUCUUUGGCGGUGUAUGCUCACAUUCCUGGUGCUAAGAAGUUGAAGCUGGAGCUUCCUUUGGUUAUUGGAACCAUUCCCUACAAUGGGUUUGGUAGCAGAACAGCGAGUGUGAGCAGCCAGUUUAGUAUGGACAUGAGCUGGCUCAGCCUGGCACUACCUGAGCAGCCAGAAGCUCCGCCGAAUUAUGCAGAUGUGGUAUCAGAAGAGGAGUUUGAACGGCACACCCCGUCCUGCUCCCAGCCAGAGGACCUGGAGAGCGAGCUUGGGAGGCCUGUCUUUGCCUACAUUCAAGAGUUCAGGUUUCAGCCUCCGCCCCUGUAUUCAGAGAUUGAUCCACAUCCCACCCUAACAGAAGAGGAGCAACCUCGAGUUGCAUUUGUAAUCUGAGCAGUUUUCAGCAAGAUCCUUUUGUUGUUUUAUCUUCCUCAGUGUGGUCAGUAUACCUGCCACAAUAAUAAAUGAUCUACAGAACGUUUGUGAAAUAAUAAGUGCUUAAAACUUUGCUCGUGGAUUGAAGCAUUGGAGCAAAUAAAAGACGCGCAGCAACUGAAGUUAGCUGGAAUGAGUUUGUGAAGUUGCAAUGGGUUUAAGAAGACGUUCAUUGUUUUAAGAAGUUUUUUUACAUGAAGACAGAAGUGCUUUGAAGGUUGUGAUGGAAAGUGAUACUUGCACUAAUCAGGGAUGAAGACAAGGGUUAAAGAAAAGCACAGUGGAUGCCCCUGUGGAGCUGAAACAUUGCACUACAGCACAAGACUGAAGCGACUGAAAUGUGAGGCUCCCUCGCUGAUGCAGUAAUGUGAUAAUGUGUAAAUAUCAUCAAAGCUGAACAGAUGUCUCUUGCACCAGAGUUUGGGACAAAACAAAGUUUAUUGAAUACGUUGGAUAUGAACUCUUUUUCUGACAUCAUCCAAAUGUGAUAUUUGACAAAGAGAAUAGUGUUUGUAUUUUAUAACCAAAGCACUUAUUAGCUAAGGCAGCUUUGAAAGUAAAUAUGGCAUGAAAGCAGUAACUUGGUAGACCAUUGAAGAGAAGCGUGUUUCUUUAUUUGCACUUUAACAUUCCUAUUAUUAUUAUUAUUAAUAAUAAUAAUAAUAAUAAUAAUAAUAAUAAUAAUAAUAAUGGGCGAAUCGUGCUUUAUUUUGUUUGGUUCCUACUUUUUCUACUGAAGUAUUAAAUGCUGUUAAUAUGAUUUGACCCUACCCAAGCUUCUUGAAUGGAUUGUAAAACGUUAUCAAGCAGGGAGAACAAAAUCCAUCUGAGCUGUUUGCACCACCAACUUGAAGAUGGAAAUAAGUCCAUACGUACUCAAGACAUGAUAGCAGAAGAAAAACAUGCUUCUGUAUGAUUUGAAAGAGAACAUUUCUAAAGUACUUUUUAGUGACCUCAGAUACUUCCUCUUAAUUGUUUCCAGCAACAUGACAGGUCACUAAAGGAUAUCUGUGAUACUCAAAUAAUUAUUUAACACUAUUAGUGAUGUGUAUAUACCAUGAAUACAUACUUUUUCAUUAUUUUUUUUUCAGAUAUUGUAUUUGAUUAUUUCUACACUGGGGUAAACAGUUUAAAAUCUAUUUUACUGUGAAGGUAUGGAUUUGGUUUGCUGAACUGAUUAAAUACUCGUUCCCGAUUGUAUUCACAUGACAUAUUUUUUAUGUCCAUUUAAACAUUCAAUUAAAUGUCAGCUAACAGGGCAGUGAACUCUACACUCUCCCCAACUUCAGGGUCUGAAAGAUGCUCUGCCUUUUAGCCCUAUUCACUUAAAAAAUUAACCAAAUGCACUAUGUCAUUAAACUGUUGGCGUUUUAUUUUUUAAUUUUUUUCUGAAACCCAUUCAUUUAAGCUGAAUGACUAAUGGUCAUAGUUAGCACCCCAUUCCCAUCACUUUAGACGGUGGUGUCUGUGAUCAGGGAGGAGUAUUUUGCUGUUUCUUCAGUCUCCCAUUCAGAGAAAUUGUUGCUGCUGCUGCUACUUGAUUAUUGCUUUUCUUUUGUUUUUGGUCUAAGCUGCCUGUUCUGUUGUAUAUAAUAAGUCCAUUAUUUUAGGUGCUUUUUAAUGUAUUGUUUUCCUUCAAAAUAACAAAAUGUGCCUACUAAGCUAUUUCCUGUGUGCCUCAGAGCCCUUAACAAUGCAAUGUAAUCACUGUAUCAUGUUCUCUGUAUUUCAUCACAAUGUGGCCUUUAUUAUUAUA